UGGGCUCCAGCGCCCCCUGGGACCCUGAAAAGGAUAAGCGGAAGCGAAUGGAUGAAUGGAUUUCCUGUUUAAUGUUUUAUAUAUUGGUGUAGUAUGGUAGGCUAUAAGGGAUGGUUUUGUCAGUAAGAGACCUGUAAAACAACCACUUUUCAGACUCUUGGCUCCUGAUGUUCAGACUCUUAUUAUAUGACUCAUCUGUAGCCGCAAAAUACAGUCAGGAGUUUAAAAUGUAUGUCCUUCUGCUCUGUAAUUUUCACGUGUUUCAAAGCCAUCCUGUGGGCCGGACUGAACACUUUGGCGAGCGGUUUCUGGCCCCAGGACCGUAUGUUUAAUAUCCCUUGUCUGCCGCCUGUGGCUGGUGUCAGACCAAAUGUUGUGGGAACGCGCCCGGAUACGCGCACCCUGCACAGCGUCCUUAUGGUGUCCAUGGAAACCACGGACCGCCACAGAGAGCGGAGUGAAAGGUGUCCGAAUGAAAAUCUACUUCUGAACAUCAGGAUUUCACCUUUAACUUUUUUUUUUAACGACAUCGACAUUUAAGAGGAGGCAAUUCCCACCAUAGUCCCUGCUUUGGUGAUUUGCUGCAUGACCCUGGAAGCUUCGCCCUGAGAGUGAGAUGGAAAACAGCUCUCAUACACUGCCACUCUCGUGCCCCUCUCCCGCCACUAUCAGAGGGCCUCUGCCGUUGUCCUCCUCACCCCAGCAUACCUCCUCAAAUGGUCGCAUUUCACUGCCACUUUCGCCUAUCUCUUUCCCGCCAUCCCCAGCCUCAUUUUCCCCAGCAACAGCAGAGUCUGUUCACUCCUGCUCCCCUCUUUCACACUUUACAGUGUCUCAUUGCCUCGAAGGACAAAGCCUAGCUGACCAAGAUGACCUCACCUGUCUCAACUGGCUGCAUCAAAGAGGGGAUCUGCUGCCACUGCAGCCCCUCACCAAAAUGACACCGCUGCCUCAGCAGGAGCCCUCCGUGGCUUCCCAGCUUCUUCCCGCUGCUUCGUCCAAGCCGCCGUACUCCUUUAGCAGUCUGAUUUUCAUGGCAAUAGAAGAUUCGCCACAAAAGAGGCUUCCAGUGAAGGACAUCUACGAAUGGAUUGUGAACAAUUUCCCCUACUACAGGACGGCAACGGGUGGCUGGAGGAACUCUGUCAGACACAAUCUGUCUCUGAGCAAGAGCUUCAGACGCAUUCAGAGGGACAAGAGCCAGUCAGUGGGGAAGGGAUCACUGUGGUGUGUGUGUCCAGAGUACCGGCCAGCGCUCCUAGAAGUGCUCAGGAAGACCCACAGUUAUCACAGCAAUAACAGCAACCUGUUACACAAGCCUGCACUGUUGGAGGGAGAAAGCUACAAGAUGCCUGCUGCGUGUGAUUCGAUGGAAAUAUCAGGUCAGGACCUACAUACUGGACCCGAUCCUCUUUCUCACUCCCUCCUCCUGUCUACCGCCGAUAGUCCGAUUUUAGCCGAAAACCCGCUGUGCCUUCUGACCCCGGAUCACGAGGAGCUCGUCACCAUGGAGUCUGUGGAAUACCAGCAGGAGGAGGUGUGCGAAGACAUGGAGAAGGACCCCCUGUCUGACAGCGGCUACAUCGAGCUGCACUAUUACGAGUCUCAGCAGUACCAGUACCUUGUGCUGCCGGACGACACCGAGCUCGACCUGGAGACUGUGGAGAUCCUGCAGCUUGAUGCUGAGGCCCAGGAGGCCGCCGGGUCACUGCUGGACCUCGCAGGCGGUGGAUAUUAGUUCAGAUCCUCAAAGAAACUGUCCUGGGAUGACAACACUGCCCUAUAGCCUGUUUACUGCCCUGUAGUGAUAUUACAGUAUAGAUCGAAUUAACUGAUGGAGUAUCGUUCCACAUAAUUUCAGGCUUCCAGUACACAAGCUGAAUAUAUCACCAUAGCAUCCCAUCCAGCCUGAACAGAGCCUUCAGGGUGUAGAACUGAGACAAAAGUAUUAAAAAUGAAGUGAUUCCACAGUGAUUUUUUAACAUGUUAACAUCGUUCUCAGGGGUGGAAGGAGUGCUUCGAGCUCAAUACAGAGUGCUGCUUCUCGACUGAGAGGUUUCCCAAGUUCAGGUGUGACUAACACGCUGUUGAAAUCUUCACGUUUAAUGUACAGCGAACAGCACAUUGACUCACUUCCACAUCGUUACCAGUAAAAUAUGAGUAUGUGUUACCCUCUUUCAGUUGUUCUAAGCAGUGACCAUCUUUUCUUUCUAAGAAAGUUUCUGUAGGACAUUCAAAGUAAACUGUAGUUGACAGUCUUUGUUGUUUUCAGCAACACUGUUGCUUUGAUAGUUGAAGACAAUAGAUAAAAAAUAAUUUAUAAUGUAGCUGUGAUUUUAGAUUGUACUUAAGAAGUACAGGGAAACACUUCUAUUCAAUUCUAUUCAAUUCAAUUUAAUUCAAUUUUAUUUAUAUAGCCCCAAAUCACAACAAAAGUCGCCUCAAGGCGCUUCAUAGAUACAUUACCUUGGCAACCCGGCAAUAGCCUGGCUUUUUAUGAGUGCCCCCACCUCACCCCUCCAUUAUAAUAAGUACUUCGAAUUUUAUUUCUAAUGGUUUUUAAUGUCCAUUAUUUUCAAGAUUAUCUUUGCUUGAGUUUAUUUUAUUUGCACGAUGUCUUCAAUCAGGAAAGGUUUGAUUGACUCACUGCCAUUUUAACCACUUUACAUGUCGGUUACACUGAAAUUCUCUUCAUAAAUUGUAUGUAUUUACAACAGCUUUGGGUUUUAUAAUCUAAUAAAUAAAAUCUGUGAUGCCCUUCUUCUGAGCUGUGCAUCGGUUGUUAUAGUUUUGUUUUUAUUUUGUUUUUAAUGUUUGUUUUCCGCUUCAGUGAGUUUGCUUGGUUUGGUUUCGUUUGACUUGGUUAAAAUAAGUCUUUAGUAUUAAUGAUAAUGUCAAAGUUAUGAUUCAAGAAAUUCAGAAUAGAUUUGUACAGGACAAAUAAAACAUUUUGUGCAGCCAGUGUAUUCACAGUUUUAAUAUGUGCACCAGUGCCUCUGUGUACCACACUGGACCCCUACAUGUGAGUGGUGGGCAUGUAGCUCUGUGGGCUAACGCCUAAACAUCAGGCACUUGCCCCAAAACAGCUUAAGAGCUAUUCUACAAUUAUGGGACAUUUUCUUUUCCAGCCAUGAAUUUGAAAAUAGUCCAUGCACAAAAUACUAAACAUACAUUUGUUGUGUGCACCUGAGACAAAAUGCAGACCCGGUUGUUGAAAAAGUGGUUCCAAAAUAUUAUUUCAACACCUCAAAAAAGGACAUUUAUCUUUUGGCCCAACUUCUUGAUAACCAAAUUACUUGUUGUAUAUAAUUGUUUCAAUAUUUUGUUUACACUUAUAAUUAUUUUGCUGAUUUCUUUAAGAUCAACAUAUUUUAAAGAUCAGUAAUUAUGAACUGCAAGUUAUGUCCCACAACAUAUGUGCCACCCUGUGACCGAAACUUAUGUAGCCUGGAAGGGGAAGAGAUAAAACAGUGAGCCGGCAUGGCAAAGAGGAAGUGGCAUGAACAUCAUGGGUAGACCAAAGGUCACUUCUCUUUGACAUUUUUGCAUUUUUCUUGACUUUUCUGAUUAGAUUGAAUGUGUCACUGUAACUAAUGCAACCAUGUUACCCAAUUUACCAGAAGAGGACAAAUGAAAGGUUCCUUUAUUUUUAAUGUAAUGGACUUUCAGUCCAUUACAUGCCAUCUGGGGUUUUUUUCUGAGAAAACACUAAUACUACCACUAUUGCCUUUGUAAUAGCUUGAAUUAUUAUAUAAAAGAUUGUAUUUGAGCAAAGAUUUUAAAAUAAAUACAGAAAUUACUGACGAAAACGUGCGACUCUUGAAAAGUUAGAUUUCAAAAUUUUCUUAAAUUGAUAUAAAUUACGUUUUAUCGAAAA